AUGGCGAACUCGCCCUUCCCGUUCGACACGCUCAAAGCGGAGACGCUCCGCGCGAUGGUGCGCGACCUCGGCGCAAACAAUACGUCCGUCCGCACGCGCGACAAGAUGGUCGCGUUCCUCAACGCCGUCGCUGCGCAGGGCC